GACAGAAAGAUAAGCACAUGAGCACUGGAUGUCAUACAGAAAGGGGCACAGUGCAGAACUUCGUGUGGGUAAUGUGAGACAAAAUCGGAUGCUGUUAAAUAAACCGUAAAAUUACAUUUCUUGGUUAAAACUGCUGACCUAGUUUAGAUUUCAUUCAUCAGUGCACAUGAGCGCAUUCAGACUGCAGCAAGUGAAGGGUCAUAUUUUGCCUGAAAAUAAGAUUGCGACAAUGGCAGGCUCACCUAGUCCUCUAACCACACAUGUCCUGAACACUGCGAUGGGUGUCCCUGGCUCUAACAUGUCCCUCAGCCUUCACCGACAAGAUCCACUAACUAAAGCCUGGAAUUUGAUAACCACUGGAAUCACUAAUGAUGACGGUCGCUGCCCAGGACUUAUCACAACACAGCUGUUUACAUCUGGUGUGUACAAACUGCAUUUUGAAACUGCUCAGUACUGGGGAAGUAGGGGAGAAGCCAGCUUUUACCCCUAUGUUGAGAUUGUCUUCACAAUAAAUGAACCAGGCCAAAAGUACCACAUUCCACUGCUUCUGAGUCGUUUCUCUUACAGUACGUACAGAGGGAGCUAGAGGUCAAGUGCGAUAAAACCUCUGAGGAGAUCUUCGUCCAUCAGCUGACACAUCAGAAGCAGAAGCUACUCCUCCAAGAACAUUCAUGGCAGCAUCAACUAACCUGCUAUACUUAUUCAUUCAUUAGGCACAAUGCUUAAUUAGACUGAUUCCUCCAUUUACGUAAUCAUGUUACUAUCAAUAAAUGGUUUUUUUUGCAAUGAAACAA